GCAGAUGGAGGUGUGUGUGUGCAUGCGCGCGCGUGUGUGUGUCAGGCGGUGGCAGUGGCUCAGUAGGCGGCAGAACGUCUGCUGCAGCUGACACAUACUCUACUCAGAACAACAGGAUGAGAAGAACCAGACUGAGGAGAUCAUAAGCAGGAGCAUCUGAGGACGGAGCAGUUCCCACCACAGCAGAAUCAUGAGUGUGGAUGAAGAUGCUCGCUGGCUGGAGUGGGUAACCAAACAGUUUGAGACCAUCGCUGGAGACGACAAAGAGAUUGACAUCGAUGAGUUUAAAACCGCGCUCAAAGUUAGAGAGUCUUUCUUUGCAGAGCGCUUCUUUGCUCUGUUUGACUCGGAUGGCAGUGGAUCCAUCAGUCUGGAUGAACUGCUCAAAGCUCUAAACCUCCUCAUCCACGGCGACGAGACCGACAAGCUCCGGUUCCUGUUCCAGGUCUACGACGUUGAUGGCAGCGGUUCCAUCGAUCCAGAUGAGCUGAGAACGGUUCUGAAGUCAUGUCUACAUGAGAGUGCAAUCUCCCUUCCAGAGGAGAAACUGGACGACCUGACGCUGGUUCUGUUUGAGUCAGCUGACAAAGACAACAGUGGCUCCAUAACCUUCGAAGAACUGAAAGCCGAGCUGGAGAACUUUCCAGAGGUGAUGGAGAAUCUCACCAUUAGCGCUGCUAACUGGCUGAAGCCACCUGAUCUGGAGCAGAAGAAGCCUCACACCCCUCGGUACCUGACCCGAGCCUACUGGCAAAACAACAGCAGGAAGUUGCUGUUCCUGUGCUUGUACACUCUGCUCAACCUGCUGCUGUUCGUCGCCGCCAUGUUGUACCACAGCUACGGUGGCGGCUGGUUCAUGCUGGCCAAAGGCUGUGGCCAAUGUCUCAACUUCAACUGCACGUUCGUUAUGGUGUUGAUGCUGCGCCGCUGUCUAACGUGGCUCAGAACCACCUGGGUGGUCAGAAUCCUUCCUCUGGACCAGAACAUCCUGCUGCAUCAGAUUGUGGGAUACGCCAUCCUCCUUUUCACACUGGUGCACACGGUUGCGCACGUCAUCAACUUUGCUCGGAUGUCGGAGAGCAGUGAGUUCAGUCUGUGGGAGUACCUGCUGACCACCAGGCCGGGGAUUGGCUGGGUAAAGGGGACGGCGUCAGUGACCGGCGUCAUCCUACAGCUGCUAAUCUGCCUCAUGGUGGUCUGCUCCAGCACCUUCGUCCGGCGCAGCGGACACUUUGAGGUGUUCUAUUGGACUCACCUGUCUUACAUCUGGGUCUGGAUCCUCCUCAUCAUUCACUGUGCUAACUUCUGGAAGUGGUUUGUGGUCCCAGGUUUGGUCUUCCUGCUAGACAAGAUCGUGGGAAUCGCUGUGUCUCGUAUGGGAGGCCUUUAUAUUGUUGAAGUCAACCUGCUGCCGUCCAAGGUGACGCACCUGGUGAUCAGACGUCCCCAGUUCUUCCAGUUUAAACCUGGAGAUUACAUCUACAUCAACAUCCCAGUGAUAGCCAAGUACGAGUGGCAUCCGUUCACCAUCAGCAGCGCCCCUGAGCAGUCAGACACCAUGUGGCUUCAUGUGCGCUCCAUGGGCCAGUGGACCAACCGCCUGUAUGAGUACUUCAGACAACCAGAGAGGCAGGUGGUUUGUCCCAAGAGACUGGCCACCAGCCUGAGGAAGCGCCGCCUGCAGGGGAAGCAGCAGAAGGACCAGAUGUUCCUCUCCUCUGACUCUGAGAGAGCGGUGGCUUCUAGCCAGGAUGACACCAUCGAGCUGACGAUGUUCCGACAGAAUGGAUCACAGUCCAGAUCGGCUUCGAACUCAGAGUCUCACAUGGAGUCUCCCCCAGAGGAGCCGGGGCUUGGAGAAAGAGGAGAGGUCCCCCCGCUCAGAGAGAUUUCUGCCAAGUCUGGUGAGAACCACAUGUUCUGCAACAUUAAGUGUUACGUAGACGGACCUUACGGGACUCCGACCCGGCAGAUCUUCGCCUCUGAACAUGCUGUGCUGAUCGGGGCGGGAAUAGGGAUCACACCUUUCGCCUCCAUCCUGCAAAGCAUCAUGUACCGGUACCGCAUGAGGAAGCACAACUGUCCCAACUGCAGCUACUCCUGGUGUGAGAACAUUAAAGAUAGCGACAUGAAACUGCGUAAAGUUGACUUUAUCUGGAUUAACAGAGACCAGAAGUCCUUCGAAUGGUUCGUUAGUUUGCUGACCAAACUGGAGAUGGACCAGGCCGAUGGGGAGCCGGAGGGUCAGUUCCUGGAAAUGCACAUGUACAUGACAUCAGCACUCAGUAAGAACGACAUGAAGGCCAUCGGCCUGCAGAUGGCGCUCGACCUUCUCGCCAAGAAAGAGGAGAAAGACUCCAUCACGGGCCUGCGGACCAGAACCCAGCCAGGCCGACCUCAGUGGGAGAAGGUGUUCCAGAAACUGUCCGAGGAAAACAAAGGAAAAGUGCAUGUGUUUUACUGCGGCGCUCCGGCUCUCGCCAAAGUCAUCAAAGCUCAGUGUGAACACUUUGGCUUCAACUUCUACAAGGAAAACUUCUGAGGAUGUCUGCUGUACCUCUGUUUAUUUGCUUAUACCUUUCUGAGGACAAAACCUGACAGAACCACAGCUCAAGGGGUUGCAAAUAAACACAGGGAGCAAACUGGGGUCCAACGGACAACUUAAUACUUUAAUUUAGACUUAGAUUUAGGUUAUGGUUAGAUUAAUGGCUAGAAACCCAGUUAUGAUCGCUAGGGACUGUAGUGUAAAUCAAAUGUCUCUGCUUAAUUAAUAAAAAAUAAUAAAACCAUG